AUGGCGGCUCUACCAGCAAUGCGCCCGCUGGGCUGCUUAAGGUCCUUGAUGAGGGCUUCAGAGCCUAUCCAACCCUUCGUCAACCGUCGAUUCAUAUCGACGGCCUAUUCAAAGAGGCCCGAACGGGUACCUCUUCCCCCAAACAUGCCUGAGCAAUUCCUAUCCCAAAUACCUCUUCGUUUUCGCCCGGAUCCUGAGCGCGAGCCCCUCAAGAUCUACCCUGCUCCGCCAUCUGCUCGCAAAGCAUGCAAGGACCCCGUCGGAGCGGUUACCGAAUCGCAAUUGGCAGUCCUCGACCCCACGGGUGAGCGCAAGGCCAUGUUCGACUACCGAAGAAACCCGCGCAGUGUCAAGACAGGCGAUAUCGUACGGGUGACAUUCAAGAACGGCGACCCAUUCAACGGCAUUGUGCUGAGCAUCAAGUUGCGCGGAAUUGAAACGUCGUUCCUCAUGCGGAACGAACUUACUCGAGUUGCUGUCGAGAUGUCGGUCAAGGUCUUCAGUCCCAACGUGAACAGCGUGGAGAUUGUCCAGCGAUCGGAGAAGAAGCGCAGAAGGGCCAGAUUGUACUUCUUGAGAGAUCGCAAGCACGACCGUCGCAGCGUGGAGAACGUUGUGGCCAGCUAUGUGCGCCAGAAAAAGGCUUUCUUGGGUGGCGGCAAUCGUCGGCGGUGA